CCUAUUUUUUAACAAAGAACUUCCACAAAGCAAAUAAACCUCCAAUUUCUUUUUAGAAAUUUUCGUUUUCAUGUCAUAAUUUGGGUUCAAAUUUCCAGUAUUUGAUUCUUCAAUUCGAUUGUUUCUCCCACGAAAUUUAUUGUCUUGAUAAAAUUAGGGUUGAUUGUUGCUAAAUUUUGUCAACAUUGAGAUAGUUUUCGCAGGUUAGGGUUUCCAAUUUUCGAUUGCAUUUGAAAUUGAAUUAAAUUGGACAUGAGCAGAUUAUCGUUUCGACCUCGUCCUCUCGACAUUCAUAAGAAACUCCCCAUUGUUAAAUCUUUCAAGGAUUUUGAAGACGAUGAUACUCCUUCUUCUACUCGUAAUUCCCAAUUUUUCCGCUUUGCUGCUGAGCCUGAUAAUGAGGUUCAACAUGUUCCUAGUAAGAAGACUGCGGCCGAAAUACCGACCCCGGAAUUUGUUAUUGUUGAUACAUAUGAAAGAGAUUACUCUCGGACCUUUUUUCAACCAACAUCGUAUAUACGCGCCAGAGGAGCUCGAGCUGAGCUUGGUGAAUUUGUUGAGUAUGACUUAGACAUGGAGGACGAGGAAUGGCUUCAUGAAUUCAACGAAGAUAAGAUGAUUCUAAUGCCUGAAAAAUUUGAGAAUCUUCUCUUUAAGUUGGAGGUUCUAGACCACAAAGCACGAGAGAGGGCAGGUGUGAUAGCGCAAACUCUUGGUUCUGCAAUUCCUGUUCUUCUUCAUAUCGAUGCUGCAUCUGAGGCCAUGCAAUCUCAGCCGAUAAAGUAUGCUGUUCUCGAAGCUGUUUAUUGGUACUGGAAGGAGAAGCGCGAGCGGUGGCAGAAGCCUAUCCUCCGGCGCUUGCAGCCACCUCCUCCUGUCAAUGAUACAAACCCAUACAAUGUUUUUAGGCCAAGAGAGAAAGCCCACAGACUCCACACAAGAAGGAUGCAAAGGAGGGAAAACAAUGUGCAGUCUUUUGAAAAGCUUCGUCAGGUCAGACGCAACCUUGACCAAGCGAAGACCAUCUUGGAAGCACUGAUAAAGAGAGAGGAGAAAAAGAGAGAUGUUAUGGAGAAUGAAGUGCACCUUCAGAGGAUUCAACUUAAGUACAAGCAUGAAACUGAGCUACUUGAAGAUAGCUUUAUCCUUCCAUCAUUUCAACCUUUCUCCAAGUUUGGUUCGAGUGAAGAUGAAUUUAUGGAUUCAGAAGAUGCUGCAAACAACCAGCUUCCUGUCCAACCUGGUAGAGUACACCCUCAAUUUGUUGAUUCUAAGCCAGUGAUGGUUCAGGCUGGAAACCUGAGGCAUGAUUUAAGAUGGCGAAAUGUAGCAAGCAACUGGAUUCGUAGAGUGGACCCGUUAGAGCCAAUUAUGCCGUUUACCAAGCCUCUUGUUCCAGACAAGCUGGCAGCUGCCGGAAUUGUACCACCUUCAGACAACUCAAAGUCCUCUGGAUCUGGAAGAUCACAUGCAUUCCGCGGGAGAAUUGGUCGAGGGGGAAGAAUAAUAUUUGAUAGAUGGAACCCACUUAUGCAUACACCAGUCAAUUGUGGAGAUUCCUUAUACUUGUCUCCAAGACAACAGCCCUAACACAGUUUAUUAACCAGGGUUUGUUUGAUUUCUGUAUAGUCUGGUUUGAGCUGCUCUUAGCAAAAAUGCGGGAACCAAGUUGUUGCUAAGUUGUCACCGAUUAAUCCAGCAUUGUGCCGAAUGCUAAUUUGCUGCUUACUCACCAUUACAUUGGCAGCAUGCAGUUUUCCUUACAGGUAGAAUUUUGACUAAACCAAAGAGGUGCACAGUGGAGAUCAUUUUGCAAAUUGAAGGUAUGCAUAUUGGUUUGGAGGAAUACGGUUGAACCACAUAAUACAAGGGACCGAAUUGAAUGUUGGGAUCAGCUUCCUGAUACUUUGUAUUACCACUGUAUUCUCCCAACAAAUUAUCAACAGAUGAGAUAAUUUGUUGGUAUUGUCAUGUUUUGUCAAAAAUAUGUGAGCAACAUUCUUUAUGUAAGCAUCUCUUGUUUAAGUGUUCAGCUUAGGCUUUGUAACAGUUGAAAUGAAAUUUUCAUCCAGCAGUUUGAUGGAUGUAUAUAGCUUUAUAGAAUAGGUGACUCAUGGAAUCAUGGUGGCCUGUUUGUCUUACAA